GGGACUACGCGGAGCAAAGCCACGGCACCACACCUCGUGAUGCCGAAGAGGGUGCUCGACGACCCGUGGAGGAGGAACCAGGAGCGCUCACCCACAUGAACCAGGAGAUCCCCGACGAGGACACAACCCGGGCAACCCUGAAGAUCAACGACACCGGCGACUUCGCCCACGUGAACCCCGAUCCCGUGCGUCCUGGAGAACAUGGUGACGGGUUUGGGGGGACGCAUUACGAGCACCACGACGAGAAAUUCAGGGAAAGGACCGAUGGCUUCAUCAACUACCACCAGAACGACCCGCAGGACUCCAACACAGAGGGCAUCGACUACGACGAGUUCGGCAAGAACUUCACUACGGGACAAGGUGAAUGUGAAGAAGGUGGUGGCUUCAUCAACUACAACCAGAACAACCCGCAGAACUCCAACACAGAGGACAUCGACUUCGACGAGUCUGGCAAGAACACCACUGGACAGGGUGAAUGCGAAGGAGGUGGUGGCUUCAUCAACUACAACCUAGACGACCCUCAGAACUCCGAAGCAGAGGACAUCGAGCACGGCGAGUUCGGCAAGAACACUACAGGACAAGUCAAAUGCGAUGAAGGUGGUGGCCAUCUUGACUAUAACCCGGAAGCUAUCCAGGACCACAACACCGAGGGCACCGAAUGCAACAGCUACGGGUAUGACGUGGACUCGGGUGAGGAGGAGCUGGCCCACGCCAUGGUGGUGGACAACUUCCUCACUGGACACGCAAGGCACGACCCGAAGGACUGUGAGCAACGAGCACGGGAGGCCAUUGAGGGAGGCGACUACACCUAUAAGACCUUGGAGGAGGUCAUGGA